UGGGCCGGGGACGCGAGGCGGAGCGGGGCCCCACGCAGGCCGCGGCGGCUGGCUCGGGCCCCUACGGUCCCGGCGGCGGCUGGAGGAGGAAGCCAGACGGCUGGAAGAAGAGGGGAGGAGGAGGAGGAGGCCGAGGCUGGAGCGCCGCUCGCCACAGACUCACUUCCCCGGCUCAGCAGGGAAAGGUUCCUAGGAGGCCAGUGCGGACGGUAUGCAAAGUUGUGAAUCCAGUGGCGACAGUGCGAAUGACCCUCUCAGUCGUGGCCUACGGAGAAGGGGACAGCCUCGCGUGGUGGUGAUCGGCGCUGGCUUGGCUGGCCUGGCUGCGGCCAAAGCACUUCUGGAGCAGGGCUUCACGGAUGUCACUGUGCUCGAGGCUUCCACCUGCAUCGGAGGCCGCGUGCAGAGCGUGAAACUCGGACACGCCACCUUUGAGUUGGGAGCCACCUGGAUCCAUGGCUCCCAUGGGAAUCCCAUCUAUCAUCUAGCAGAAGCCAAUGGCCUUCUGGAAGAGACAACUGAUGGGGAGCGCAGCGUGGGCCGUAUCAGCCUCUACUCCAAGAAUGGCGUGGCCUGCUACCUCACCAACCGUGGCCACAGGAUCCCCAAGGACGUGGUUGAGGAAUUCAGUGAUUUAUACAACGAGGUCUAUAACUUGACCCAGGAGUUCUUCCGGCAUGGUAAACCAGUCAAUGCUGAGAGUCAGAACAGCGUGGGGGUGUUCACCCGGGAGGAGGUGCGCAACCGCAUCAGGGAUGACCCUGACGACCCUGAGGCCACCAAGUGCCUGAAACUCGCCAUGAUCCAGCAGUACCUGAAGGUGGAGAGCUGUGAGAGUAGCUCGCACAGCAUGGACGAUGUGUCCCUGAGUGCCUUUGGGGAGUGGACCGAGAUCCCCGGGGCCCACCAUAUCAUCCCUUCGGGCUUCAUUCGGGUUGUGGAGCUGCUGGCCGAGGGCAUCCCCGCCCACGUCAUCCAGCUGGGGAAACCCGUCCGUUGUGUGCACUGGGACCAGGCCUCGGCCCGCCCCCGGGGUCCUGAGAUUGAGCCCCGGGGCGAGGGUGACCACAACCUUGACGCCGGGGAGGGCGGCCAGGGGGGAGAGGAGCCCCGGGGGGAUGGGCGGGAUGAGGACGAGCAGUGGCCGGUGCUGGUGGAGUGUGAGGACUGCGAGGUGAUCCCGGCGGACCACGUGAUCGUGACCGUGUCGCUGGGCGUGCUCAAGAGGCAGUACACCAGCUUCUUCCGGCCGGGCCUGCCCACCGAGAAGGUGGCUGCCAUCCACCGCCUGGGCAUCGGCACCACCGACAAGAUCUUUCUGGAAUUCGAGGAGCCCUUCUGGGGCCCCGAGUGCAACAGCAUACAGUUUGUGUGGGAGGAUGAGGCGGAGAGCGGCACCCUCACCUACCCGCCGGAGCUCUGGUACCGCAAGAUCUGCGGCUUCGAUGUCCUCUACCCGCCCGAACGCUACGGCCACGUGCUGAGCGGCUGGAUCUGCGGCGAGGAGGCCCUCGUCAUGGAGAAGUGCGACGACGAGGCGGUGGCCGAGAUCUGCACGGAGAUGCUGCGGCAGUUCACAGGGAACCCCAACAUUCCAAAACCUCGGCGAAUCCUGCGCUCGGCCUGGGGCAGCAACCCCUACUUCCGAGGCUCCUAUUCGUACACGCAGGUGGGAUCUAGUGGGGCAGAUGUGGAGAAGCUGGCCAAGCCCCUGCCAUACACCGAGAGCUCCAAGUUGGCGAAUGUGGAUUUUGGAAGCAUUGAUCAUGAUCAGGCAACAGAGAGUACGUGAGUCGACACAGCAGAGAUUAGAAGGCAGAGGCAGAGGCAGAGGCAGAGCUUGUGUCUGCGAUGAACAGUGCCCGCAGCCACCCACCCUGUAACUUGUCAAGUGAGAAAGACGACGCCCCAUGUUUAAGCAGCUGUCCCUCAGCGUCCUCGUCACCUGCAGUUGCAUUCUUCACCUUUCCAGCGUGCUGGAGAUGUCCAUGGCUGUCUGCUCCCGGCCCAUCUGGGAAUAUCACUCCACCCACGGACACUGGCACCUGGACAGCUGUGUUUUAUACCACGUGAUCUGACCCACUUCUGCCUGCCUGCCCAGCUGAUCAGACUCGACCCCAAAUUAGCCAAUCCAUAGGCUGGCCAGUGACCUAUGACCUCUGGGGCUUGGCCCAAGAGAUGAGUGGGGCCAAUCUGGCCCCUCUGGGGACCCCUUCUGUGGUUUCUGGCAGGACAGAAAGAGGUUGACACAACGGUAUGGUGGAGUCAUGUGAAUGAUGAACCCCUGGAGGGAACGCCCAUAAAUGUCAUGGGGGAGGUCCCCGGAAUUGCCUCCCAUGCAUCCCUCCCUCCAGAUCCCGGCUCUGAGAGCUCAGGCUGUCGUGGCCCCAGUUCUUGGAUUUCUUCUGGAUUCCAAAUGCAUCCUGCAUUUCCUGCUUAGUUCCUCCCCAGACCAGAGCAAUUUGAGAAUGUAGGCUGGGGUCCUGUCCAGCAUGCCUUUUGUUUCCCUGCUCUUGCCAGGGGGUGGGUGGGGAAGGGAAGAGAGCCAGCCCCAAACUGCAGGAGAGUCCAGAGCAGCCCCUCUGCCCAAAGACCCUGCUUCCAACACCACCUGAGUCCACAGGGCUCCCCAGAGAGCUCUUCUGAGCAGAGGCUGCGGGAGCGGUUUAGCCUUUACCAGCAUCUGGUUUUGUGCUUCGCUGGAGCCACAAGAAGAAGAAGAAAAAAAGGAAAUUCUUUCCAAGUAGACGGUGAACAUGUAAGUCCCUGGGGGUGUGACAGGACGGAAAUAGAAACAGGGUCAGGAGGGCACUGAAGAGUCGGGGCUUUGACAGGUCGCGAAGGGAGGGCGACCAAGGUCCCAAACCUUUUGCCAGGACCUGUCAGCGCCUGGAGCAGGAGGCACUAAAGGCUUGGGGUGGGGCUCCAGGUGGAGGGGUGGCGGGUCGGAAGGCACAUAGAGCGGGUGUUCCUGCAGAAGUCCAGGCACAGCUGGCUGUCUGGCUGGGGGAGGACACAGGCUCCAGCCUUGUGAGGAUGGGCGGAACCAGUAGGGGUGAGACAGUGCUGUUGAGUAUUAGGUGGGCAAUGGGGCAGUGUCCCAGGGAAGGGUCAGUUGGCCAGCUCCAUCAAUCCAGGAUUUAACGAACACUUACACCCAGCCCUGAGCAGUUCUGGGAACGGCCUUCUCCCCAUGCACAGGUACGGAUUCUAGCAGUGGGUCUGAAGCCAGGAUGACCUUGGUGCAAGCUACCAGGGAGGCUGAGGGAUACGUGGGGGUUCGUUUGGGUUAGGGGAUCUGGAAAGGUCUUGGGAAGAAGGUGGGCAGGCUCAGGGCUUCCAGGAGCCUGUGGCCUCAGCACCAGUGGCCUUGUCAUGCCCACAUGGAGCUGAGGAAAUGACCUUGCAGGAGGCGAGUGGCCUGGUAUUUGGGGUGUCUGGGAUCCACCCAGGCGAGUGGAGGGUGAGCACACAUCUGGAGCUACAGACAAACUCUUGGGAGCCAUUUAUAUACAAGUGGUCACUGAGAUCAUUUGGAAUGGAUGAGAUCGUGUGGAGAGUUGAGAAGAGGAAGAAGAAAACCUUGGGGGACAUAUAAUGGCAGAGAGAGGCGCCUGCGCAGGAGGCAGAGAGAGAGAGAGAGAGAGUGUGUGGCCAGGGAACCAGAAGAGAUCCCAGGGGCGUGGCUUGGGUGCGGAGAAGAACAUUUCAGCCACCAGCGUGGACUGUGGCAGACAGAGGGAGGAGGUUGGGGAAAUGAGACGUCCCAGGUGACUUGCAAAAGCGGCUCUGGGGGAUGCUGGGGACAGAGGUCCCUGAAAGAGUGUGGGAAGCAAGGCAAGAUGGGUGGCAAGAGCCCAGCUCAAAUGGGGAGGGCGGGCAGACUGGACUGGGGCCCGGAGUGGGAAGCAGGAAUGAGACUUUCUAAGGAUGGUGGGGGCAAAGGGCUUAGGCAAAUGCCAGUGUCUUUGGAGGCUCGUUCUGCCCUGUCCCAUCUCACAGGGCCAUCCAUUUCCCACUCACAAACUCCCUGAAGGCCUCAUCCCAUUUCUUGAAGAUUGUGUAAAGGAACUCUUCUUCCCAUUCUAAUCAGUGCUGAGAGUCUUCCCAUUCUCCCAGCCACCUUGACCUUUCCUGGGGGCCUCCCGGAGACGACGGCCUCAUUUCUCUAUGUACCGAAGAGACAGUAUCUCUAAUCAGAUGUGUCUACUCUGUGACCCUUUGGCAUGUCCUGACACCAAGGUCAGCAACUCAGUGCGUUAGCUGUGGCACAGCCUCUCUGGGGGCUUUGCAGCUCUCCCUGAUCUCCUGAAGGCUUGGUAUGGGGGUAUAGGAAGAAACAGUUGUGUGCAGAGGGCCUCGGUGCCCAGGAGAUGGGAGCUGAGACUUGAACAUCAGACAUGUCUUGCUGAUUAGUCAUUGUGCCUGGAGAAAGUACUGGGCAAGCUGCCAGCCCCACCUGCCUGCAUGCCUAACGGGUUAACCACGACAGGACAGAGAGGACCCCCCAAAAUUCCCCUUAUGAAGGCUCCCUCCCCAGUGUGCUCCCUGUCCCCGCUGUUGGCCUCCUGUGGGCUUACCUGCCCUGGCGUGUGGGAGCCCAUGUUUACCUGCUCAGAGACCCUCCCCUGCCACUGAACCCCUGCCCGGGAGCCCAAUGUUCAGUUCUUUGACAAUGGGGUCUGUCCCCUCGUUGACCCCUGAUUUGAGGAAUGGCCCCCACCUCGGUGAGAAAAGAGCAAGGACUGUCCCCCAGUGUCCCCAGCUUUAGGGUGGCCAAUGUGCCGUAAAGUGGGCCCUCUUCGGGGUCUGCAGCAUGUUCCCAGCACCCCCCACCUUAAACUGCCCUUCCUGGGCCUUCGGGGGAUGCCAGGCCUGAGGGUCUAGACCCUGCUGUAGACCCACAGUAUGAAAUGUCUGCUCCUGGGCACCAAUAAUGGCAGUCUUUUUACCUUAUAAAAUUGGGGUGAGAAGUCUAAAAUUGGGGUGACCUUUCAAGCACCUUUCAGACUACUUCCUCAGUACAGGAUGGAAACUUCUGGCUCAAACUACUGGUCCACAUGGGGCCCAGCAACUGGCUCUUCCAGUUUUAGAAAAUCCCCACUCCAGACACCCUGGGGUAUCACCUAACCAGCUUUCCACGGGACCACAGUCACCACCCCCACUCUGGUUGUAUGUAUGUGAUUGAUAUUAUCCAGCCGAAGACUAGAUUACCUGCAGUCUCUUGAGAAUGUGACAAGUGCUGGACAUUUCACUCAAAGCUAACAAGUAUGGUUCCUAGGUAGGUGUUCUUUCACUCACUCAUCAUGUACACUUGUCUACAUGGGCUUGUAUGUUUUUUCAUGUAAUGUUUCACCCAUUUAACUGAUGGCCACCUUCCUCACUGAGGCCCUCAGAGCAUCACAGAUACAUCUGGGGAGACUGACAAAGCGAAAAUUUAUGCUUAUGAUUACUGUUUGAUUCCCAAGACUAAUCAUGUGAAUUUUAAAAGCCACCAAACUCCUGAGUCCUUUGGUCAUGCUAAAAUUCCCAGAGGAUAGCAGCCAUCAGUUGAAGAGGCCUUAAGUUGCAAUUAGAAAGUGAAUGCAGACCCAAUCUAUCCUGUUGUGGGGCUUUAGAACUUGAAGGAUUUUAGAAAAAAAAAAAAAAAAGUAAUUCUUUAUGGGUUACAAGCUAAA